AUGGCUGAGAUUGUUGGCAUUGUAGCAGCGGCACUUGAGUUUGGCAGCGUCAUUAGAGAGCUGAAAGAGCUGCGUUCCUCAAUCAAGCAUGCUCCGGAAGGUCUUGGACAGCUCUUGGAGGAGCUCGAUUCUCUGGAGGAUGUUCUACAAACACUUGCCGAGCAGGAAGCGGUGACCGCCGCCUAUGUCUCACCCAAUGCGGUCCGAAACUGUCGACAGCGUUGCGAGAAGGCUGUGCAGGGCAUCAGGAUUGUUUGCGAUGGACUCUCAAAGUGCAUCAAACAUUCCAGACUGCGUGGCUCCUUGAAAGCAGCUCUUAAAAAGGAUGUGCUGGAGAAAUCCGCGCGGGAGAUUGAAAGAGCCAAAUCCAACUUGAUAUUGGCUCAAAUGGCCGCGUUGAAUGCCAUAAGUACGUUCAAUCUUCAACAUCACGCCACCACGCAAGCCCGGGUUGUCUCUUCCUCUGGUAAUGUGUCUGCCCUCCUGGAAGACAUUCGUCAGGCUCCGCGGUCCGCAGUCUCGGCGGCUGUUUCAACUCUUACCUGCCAGAGUGAUUCGACUCUUGACAUAACCCCUCUAAGCGAAGGAGCUCAACGCAGCCAAUGUGCCCGUGUGCGCACUCAACGUCUGAUUCUUUUGCAAAGUCGGCGACUGGGGAAAGCCAUCGAGUUCGUACAGCAACAAGCCUAUGGCGCAUGGACAUACGGCUUUAGGACCUACAGUAUACGACCAUGCGAUGCGCUGGUUUUCAAAUACGCGCAAGGCGACGAUCUCUCUGCGCUUCAGCAGUUGUUUCAAACGCACCAAGCGUCGAUUCAUGACAGGGAUCAGUUUGGGCGCACGAUACUUCAUUGGGCUUCGACACUGGCUCGGGUGCCAAUAAUGAAGUUCCUCAUACAACAGGGGGCUGAUCCGAAGGAGAGAGACUUCGACAACAUGUCUUGCCUCUCAUAUCUUGCUCUUUCUGCAUGUGCGGCCCCUGUGGUCGAUGCCUUUCGCGUGAUGAUACAAUGCGACGUGCUUAGCGACCUGGACGACGACCCGCAGAAGGCGCUAAAUGUGAUCAUCGCACAGAAACCUGAAGCAGCGCCAGACAUCCUAGCAAUGCUAUCGCCGCCUUGGAGUUCUCAUGAUCUCCUCACUCGGCUCGACGCAGCGUACAAUGUAUGCGACGCCCGAGCUCAUUCAACCGCCUUUUGGCGCUGUCUGUCUCAAUCUCAACUCGAAUCCUCAUGUCUUGUGAGAAAGCUGUCUCGAAAUGGGAAUAGCUUUGUAUAUGAGAGUCUUAUUUCGCGUCUAGCGGGCGUGAUGACCAGUUUCUGGCCCAACCAUGGUUCAUAUCGUUUCUGGGGGGAUUAUGGUUCUUGUCAAGACUAUGCUGGCUGGAGGGUGCUUUUUCAGUCCGCUGUGAGGCUUAGUGGGCUGUGUUUUUCAUUCGAUUACCUUUGCUUCUCUCCAAUGCUGACAUAUUUGCGUUUUGGCAACGGGGACAACCUCUGUUUCUACGGAUCACAUUCGGAUCUGAGCUCCAAGCGUUUGACGCAUAAGUUACGCCACUGGGCCCAGGAAGUGCUUGAUGCAGGGCAGGACCUGAGCGAGUAUGGACAAUGGGAACAUGGCUUCCUGUUCUCGAGAGCACGAGGGCCAUAUAUGGUGACACCUGGUCGUUUCAGCGUGGUUGUCUUAAAUUUCACGUAUGGAGCCAAUCCGAGUGACUGGCAAAUCUGGGUAUCGAUGUCCUUGGAUGAGCACGCGGGCGAGUUUUGGCAAAGUCUAGAAGAUCCAGAGCCCGAGUUUGAUUUACCAGGAGCAUGGCCUAGCACGCCCCCCGUUAGUGGUGCCAGGUACGAUGUUUUCAUGGGCAGGGGAUUCUGGUAUUCUCGAAGGAAACGUCGCCGCUGGCUGAGAUACCUGGGUCUGACCGGAAACGAAGCGGACAAGUUCUUUGGAGACCACUGGAAAACGCGUGUCGCACUAUUGGCAGGGAGUGGAAAGAAAAAGAAAGCAACGGCAGAGAUCUUCUUCCGGGAGAACGGGAUCAGUCCGCCAUCCUGA